AUGUACUCCAAUAGGUUGGAGACCGCGGUUGCUCGCUUUAAGUCAGAAAAAAUUGAAGCAGCGCUCAAUGUUGCCGCAGCAGAUGGCGACAAUCGGAACACAUUCAUGAGAGAAAGCAUGCAAAGGCUAGAGGAAGCGAUAGGGGCUUUAGAGGAGGCCGGUGGUAAGAUCCGAGAACUGUUACAGGAGUAUGCGGAAACCCUCAGUUCACUAGAGAACCCGCCAGAAAAAGAAACGAAAGACUUUGAGGAAUACACCUCCAAGGCGGAAAAGUCACUGGUCAUAGCCUUUGACUAUAUCGUCCUGCUCCAAGCUCGCCUAAGAGCUUUCAAGUCCUUCAAGGAGGAUAUCAUUUCAAGUGAAGAGAUGAUCUCCAUCUACGUCGGACGACCAUCGUCACCGAGAACUCAGGAACGGAAUGAGUAUCAGAAGAAACCAUUUCACAAGCCUCUUAAUACUUGCAUGUAUUGUGGCAAAAAUCACAAAUCAGGAGAAUGCGACAAAAUGGACCCACGAAGUAUGGACAGCGAUUUCUUCUACAUUUACAAGUAUCUCCAAGGACAGUCAGUCAGUGGCUUCGAAAACGACCUAACCUUGACGAUAGAAGCUAUUCAUCGACAAGUUUUUGUCUUUGGAACUCUGAGAAACGACUGGGAGCACCUGAAGAGCAACGAAAAUUUCGUUUUGGGGGGACCAGGAGAACAAGUCCUCCUAAUCAUCGAGCUGCUUCGAACGGCGGAACAAGCAGUGGAGCAGAUCAAGAAGCUAGCGACUCGUUUUGUUCUCACGGACCGAUUAUUCGAAGCACUAGUUCAGAAUGGAAAGGUCAAUCCCAGUCUUCGGCGAGAUUGGUUACGCAAGAAGCACAAGUUCGACGUGGAAGCGGACAAAGUGCUCGAGUUUGUG